AUGGACAAUACUAAUUUGGUGGAGAAUGAUUUACAAUCACAUCGAAAAAUAGAUUUUGAAAGUGAAGAUGGGAUAUUGUCUUCAAAUGUUGAUAUAAAAUCUCUUCAUUCUAAAAUUGAUGAAGAGGCAAUACCAAAGAGUAAACGAACAAUUCAAAUGAGAGUAGGAGAUACUGGUGGUAUACUUGAAUAUCUUCAAAGUAUGCAAUUAGAAGACCCUACUUUUGUUAGUUCCAUGCAAGCUGAUGAAGAUGACAUGAUAACCAAUAUCUUUUGGGCAGAUGGAAGAAUGAUGACAGAUUAUUUCUAUUUCGGAAAAAAGCCAAAGACUAUUCUUACUGACCAAGACGCAACAAUGGAAAAAGCUUUAGAGUCUCAAUGGCCAGAAACAACUCACCGUUUAUGCAUUUGGCAUAUAUAUCAGAAUGCUACAAAUAAUCUUAGUGGGGUUUUUCAAAAUUUUAGAGAAUUCACAAAGGAUUUUAGUAGUUGUAUUUAUGAUUAUGAUGAGAAGGAUGUUUUUAUUGAAGCUUGGAAUAGUAUGCUUGAUAAAUAUGAUCUUAGAGACAAUAAGUGGCUAAAAAAAAUGUUCAAUUUGAAGGAAAAAUGGGCAUUGGUAUAUGGAAGAGAGACAUUUUGUGCAGACAUGACAACUACUCAGCGGAGUGAAAGUAUGAAUAAUGUAAUUAAGAAUUAUGUUAGCUACAAGCAUGAAAUACCAAGAUUUUUUCAGCAUUUUCAAAGAUUAGUUGAGGAUCGUCGAUAUGAUGAGUUGAAGACUGAUUUUAAAGCAACUCAAACUUCAUUGUCAUUGUCUUUGCCAAUAGAAAUUUUGAAGCAUACAUCAAUUGUUUACACUCCAGCUGUAUUCAGAAUGUUUGAGAAAGAAUUUUGCAAGGCUUAUGAUUGUGCUAUGAACAUUAAAAGUGAGAAUGGAACAGUGUCAGAGUAUACAGUGACCCCUCAUGGAAAGGUUUAUGAGCAUAUUGUUACAUAUGAUUCUUCUAAUGAUACAGUGACAUGUGGUUGUAAGAAAUUUGAUUUUGCAGGAAUUUUAUGUGCACAUAUUUUGAAGAGCAAGAGUGUGUCUGUUGAAGAUGCAAAAGAAAAAAUGGCAAAACGUUACAAAGAAGUUUGUAGAAUGCAAACUCAGCUAGCAACAAAAGCCGCUGAAGAUGAGAAAGCAUACAAAAUUGUUGUCUCUGUGUUUAGUAAGAGUUUUAUAUAUUUGGAUGCAAAUGAUAGAGCUCAAGGGAAAGAGAUUUCAACUUCUACUACCAGACAUAAUGAUAUUGAAAACAAGAGCAAUAAUGGAAUAAGUGAUCAAAUUAAAGGAUUUAAGACUAAAAGAAAAGCUCAUGGUGGAUCUAGAAGAAUUAAAGGUGCACUUGAGAGAGCCAAAAAUAAGAAAAAGAUGGUUAAGGAAGAUUCUCCAUCACAACAGGAUUUUCAUGAACAAAAAGCAAACGAUCAAAUCAAUAAUGGAAGUGGAAUACCAUUUUUGUCUUCUAAUUAUUUUCAAGAGAAUAUGUCAUCUUCAUCAGCAAAUAUAGCUUCCUUGCAUCAGAAAGAAACUCCACCAUAUACUCAUAAUUAUGAUGGUUAUGAAGAUCUAAAUGAGAAUACAAGUAUGACUGAACUAUUGCAACAGUUUGGCGGUUGA